AUGUCUCGUGAAAAUGAAAAAGACAUUGCCAUCAUUGGCAUGUCAUGUCGUGUAGCUGGUGCCAAUUCUCCAUCUGACUUGUGGGAUCUUCUGGCCUCCUCAAGAGAUGUCCAAAGCAAGAUCACUCGCUUCAACAGUGAAGGCUUCUAUCAUCCGGACGGCGGUCCACGCAAAGGCCUCACCAACGUCAACAAAGCCUACAUGCUUGACGAUAACAUCAUCGACAAAUUUGACAACGCUUUCUUCUACAUUACCCCAUUGGAAGCCGUCGCGAUGGACCCUCAACAACGCAUGCUUCUGGAAAUUGCCUACGAAGCUAUCGAGAAUGCUGGAAUACCUCUGGAUGAUUUUGCUGGAACGGACACAGCAGUCUUCGCAGGUGUGUAUACGAGCCACGGACAACACAAGAAGACGCUAACAGCCUGCAUCAGGAAUGGAAGGCUGCGAAUACCAUACGAUCGCCGCCCGCGAUCUCGAUGCCACUCCUCGAUACCUUGCUACUGGCACCCCAAUCUGCAUGGCAGCCAAUCGAAUCAGCUACUUCUUCGAUCUAUCUGGUCCUAG